CAUUUAUGUACUUUGGUAUAAAUAAUGAAUGGUAGUGCCGAGAUGACAGUGACAAAUACGACGAUAGCGGACGCUUGCUUUACCCAUUUAUCUUAUUUUUGAACCUAUACUUAUACUACCAGCAGUGGAUUGUGCACUUGCAUGGUAGUCUGGCGAACCUUCACAGGCCCCAGAUGUAAGUUCCGAUUAAGGCUGCGAUACCUUUUUUGGGCGCAUUCAUAACAUGUAAAGGUAUCGUAAAUGGUUGGAAAUAAAUGGCUACAUUGUGAAUAAUCUUAUCCCUUAGCUUCUUGGCUUGCGUUCCUACUAGGGUCUCAAAUUGAAGUAACUUGCACUAACUGCGCCGGUUCACGGUGCCCGUCGAUCUGAGUAUCCAACGUUUUCAAAAGGCAGUUGCGAAUAACUCUAUUACAGCGAGGUUAAAACCGCAAGAAUGACGUCGAAUAUUAACCAUUGACAUUAUCCUAGCGUAAAGGUAAAUAGCAUGAUUUAUGACUGUAUGAAGUUGCAUGGGUUACGUAUUGUGGAUCAUCGAUGGGGGUCAGGGAUAUUCAUUAGGUAGCUUUCAGUGGAGGCAUUUACCAGCGUCUUUUGGGGGAGAUUCGAGGAUUUUGGAUAGUCAUUGUUUACAUUUACUUUCUCUGCGGAAGUUGGGCUCAUCGGUAAAGCGCAGCAUGCAGGAAGGGGAGACACGACACGCGACCUUUGGACACGCGACUUAAGUGUUAAACAAUCAUCACCUUUGAACUUUUUGGCACACUUUACGGCUCUUGUCGUCGUCGUCGUCGCCGUUAACAUACGUCAUUGCAUGAUAAUAUGCGCAUCGCUCGUAGCAUGCCAUAAACAUGUGUUGACAUGCAUAUUGAAAUGAGCACAAGUGUUCGUUCCAUCACAUGAUGUGUCUUGUCUCGCUGAGUGAUAUCACUCUUGUUCUCCUUUAUAUUGGGAUCACGCGUGUAUUUAAACUGUCGUCGUCGUUUUCCCGUCUAUUUUCUUCUUCUUUUACCUAUUAUCAUCUUGCAAUGGAGGGUACAGAUCCCUCGUCUCUCAUCCAUCGCUCGCGUUCUCCCCACAAGUCCCGCUUAUCCCUUUGCAAGACAUUUCAUCUGCUCUACACAGAGUACUCUGUUCCGCUUUCGGAUGGCUCUGGUCAUCUUCCUAUGGACAGACGAUGUCUCCAGAGCGUCUUGAUGGACGGAAAGGGCUCGCGAGGCGCUGUCCUGUUGAUUCCAGGGUUUGCUUCCAAUAGACACAUGUUUCAUCUCGGUGGUGGUUUGGGGAAAACAGGGCCUUCCUUUUCAGAAUUCCUCGCAAAACGCUCUUUCGAUGUCUUUUCCAUCGACCUCCGUGGCACAUCAGAAUCCCUCAAACUCGGCAGUACGCGUCCAGCAAGCAUGAAGGAAUACGUCGAGGUCGACAUACCUAGUGCGAUAUCGGUCGUCAAAAAGGUCGGAAGUUACGAAAAAGUGUAUUUGAUCGGGCAUAGUAUGGGAGGAGCGCUCUCUUGUGCUGUUGCUGGACUCAACCCAAAUGACGUUGCCGGAGUCGUUCAUCUAGCAGGGCUAUACCACUAUACCAUCCCAGGACUUAGCGAAAUCAUUGAGCUUUAUAAAGCCUUUUGUCCAAGUCCCGUCAAGGCGAUCAUCUUAGCGCCAACCUUUUUCAGGUGGUCGGGAAAGCUGACAGCCUCGAAGGAAAUCACGAGGCCGAGUGGGCGAUGCCCUCCCGCCCACGACGUCAAUCACCUGCCUCCCACUCUGGACAGUGACCCAAACCUCAUCGCAGAUGCCUCUCCGAACACCAGCACUGACCUCAUCAUACCCAAAGCGCCUCUACCGCCUUCCUCCAAACACCACCUCCUCACCUACAUGCGCCAGUUUCUAACUCACAUAAAACGCCAACCUAUACCUCUUCGCUCUGCCCUUAAUGCCGUCCUAUUUCUUCGCCAAUUUGUUCCAUCAAGGAUUGAAAACGCCAUCAUGAAUGCUGUCUAUCCCUCUCCUUGGGUUCCCAACAGUGUCGAGGACCCGUGGGGUCUUAUGGACACGUCCGUGGAAAGUCCGUCAAUUGGAGUAUAUUUGAGUAUCACACAGAUGGCAAUCCAUCAUGAAUAUUACAAUAAUUGGGUCAUGUCGAGCUCAAGUCAUCGUACAGAUGUCGUCACUGAAGAUUUACAGCACAUCUCCCAAGCCGCCGAGCCACCCGUUGCAUCGGCGUCAACCGCCACACCCUCAAGAAAACGCUCCAAAUCCCAACUGCGCGUUCACUUUACCCCGCCACCGAUACCCCCCUCACCGACAACGAUUCAACACCCGGCUCCGCCCACCCCGCACUGGUCCACCUGGAACGAGCUCUCUCCUUACCUCUCCAAGUUUGAACUUCUCGAGCAUCUCCCCCUCUUUUUCUGCUAUGCCAACGCGGAUGGCGUGAUACGCGUCAAAGACACUAUGGCAGGCUACCAGCGCAGCGGGAGCAAAUGGAAAGAUGUGAUUCGCUACGAAGAGGACGAAAUUGCAAAGGAACGUCGACGGGAAAUAUACGAGGGGAUUCGUAAGAAUGUAGAUCAAGUCUUUGAGACCCUCGCUGACGGCCAUGCGCAUAUCCAAUCUCCUUCUAAAACAGUACGAUUCGCACCUACCACUACCACUCCAACGCAUCAUACCCUGCCCCGUCCUGCGAAAUCCUACUCUUCAUCCAAUCUCCAAACCCUCAAGACUCCACCUCCACCCAACCACCUGCGUCACUACGCAAUCGAGCCGGGUUACUCGUACGGGCAUGUGGACAUUUUGGGAGGCGUCCAUGCGGAAAUCAUGUGGGAGAAAAUUGCAAUGUGGUUGGCUGUUACAGCGGAGAGGGAUCGGGAGUGGAGGACUUGGAGGAGGUAUAGUGCCAAGUAAUUGUGGGGAUAGGUUGCUGGACCAUGUAUGGACAUUGGAUACCCUUAUAGUUUCCUACGAUGCCGACUCGAUAAAAAUAGGUUUUUAGAUAACUUACGAAACAUAUUCACAAAAAUAACUGUAAAAAACAAUAUAAAAAGAAUAUGAAUGAUGUGAGUUUCUGAACAGGUGCUUAACGUAAUCAGUGUGAUACCUGGGAUCGUCCCAGUCUACGUAGC